CGCCUCCUUCAUGACCUUGUGCAGUCAGAGUCUUCUCUGGAAGCAUCCACCCACUCUGCUCCCUAUAAAGGUAGACGGGAGAGCCUGCAGAACCCAGAGGCUGAGAUCCACCCAGUAACUUCCAUCUCUCUCCCUCCACCAUGCAGAUCUCCACAGCACUUCUAUUUCUGCUGCUCACGGUUACUUCCUUCACCUCCCAGGGGCUGGCUCACCCAGGCUCCAUCCCAACUUCCUGCUGCUUUAUCAUGACCAGUAAGAAGAUCCCCAACACACUCCUGAAGAGCUACAAAAGAAUCACCAACAGCAGAUGUACCCUGAAAGCCAUAGUCUUCAAGACAAAGUUGGGCAAAGAGAUCUGUGCUGACCCCAAAAAGAAGUGGGUCCAGGAUGCCACAAAGCACCUGGACCAAAAACUCCAAACUCCAAAGCCAUAAACAGCCUCUUCGUUUGACACUAACCCAGUGCCUAAAAAAAGCUUGAUUCCUUCUCUUUCCUAAGAUGUGCUCUGAGGGAAUAUCAGCACCCCAGGGACUUGGCUUCAUGUAGUUACAGAUGGGACUGUAAGUCAUUAUGUCUGCUGAAAUAAGUCAGACUCAAAAGAUUGUGUAAUUUCUUGCAUAUGCAACAUCUUAAAGGCAGGGGUAUGAAAGGAGGUGUGGAAUUAUUGAGGAAUAGAAUGGAAUGAGUUAGGGGUAACUGAGGAUAAUAAAGGGGUAUAUACAAUCAAAGUACCUUAUACACAUGUAUGAAAACGUCAUAAUGUGAUCCAUUGUUUUGCACAAUUAAUAUAUUUUGCACAAUUAAUAUACACAAUUAAAAUGUUAAUAUUUAAAUAUAUGUUACAUUUAAGAAAUUGGAGUUUUAAAGCAUAUUUUAAUGGAUAUCAGUCCUUUUGUCAUUUUGUUGUUUGUUUGCUUGCUUGUUUGGGAAAGGCUCUCACUGUAUCACCCUAGCUGACCUGUAACUCACUGUGUAGACCAUGCUGACCUCAAAUUCACAGAGAUCUACUUGCCUCUGCCUUUAAAGUACCACCAUGACAAGCCAGAAUGGCUUUUUAUUAGACUAUACCAAUUAUAUAUAAUAAAAUAUUUUACUACAA